GUAAAUUGGGAACUACAGGGCGUCAGUUAUUCCGGAUUAAUUAGCAUAUGACCUGGGGCAUGAAAUUCAGAAGUGUUUUCCUAAGGUACCUACAGUCAUAUUUUUUUUUCGUCUUAGCGAUGGUACAGUGGCAAAUGUUUGAGGUGCGUUAUAAAUGUUCCUUUGUGGUUGUUUUGACUAGGUCCUUUUUCUUGUGCUUUAUAAUGUAGGGCUGCACAAAGUAUUACUGACUUUUCUUAGGAGUAACAAAACCCAAUUUAAAACUAACACCGGAAAGUGUAAUGCUCGCUCUGAUAACGUUGUGAAUCAUAUCCUAACUGAAAUCUUCAGCCUUAACCGACCACAGCAAGAGGGGUUAUCGUUAUCACAAGUAUUAAGUGUUAUGUUGCCAGAGUUAACAUUUGCUUCACCUGAACUAAAAAAAAUAUAUAUCAAGGUUUGCACAAUAGGAGGCUAAAGCAUAUAUGAGAUGGGACCUCACUAGAUUGCGUGAACCUAGCCUUUUUAGUUUUAACUUAAGAUCCAUUGUGUUUUUCCAAUUCAUGCAUUUGCAUGCAGUUCACUAGUAGAUAGUUUAAUUAUGGUUUACAGUUUGUAUUCACAUUAUAUGCUUUGUCAAAACCUAACAUGAUAUAGCUUUAGAACAGUGUUUUCCAACUUCGACAACUUCCAGAUAUGUGUACUUCAACUCUCAAAAUUGUCAGCAAUAGACAUGCUAGUUGGGGAAUUCUGGGAGUUGAAGUCCACUAUCUGGAAGUUACUAAGGUAUUUUACAGCAAUAUUUGCAUUAGUUUAAGAAUGGUAGUAUAAGGUGGAUUUUUUGAGGAAAAUGGACAAGUUUUAUAAUUGUUUCUUUAAAGAUUAAACUAUUAAAUCUGAAUAUACUAGUAGUAUAAAUAUAAAGCACUGAUUUAGCUUUGAUAUCAGAAAAUGAGGCUUUUCUGAACCUCCUUUACCUAACAAUUAAUCAUUUGUACUGUUUCUCUUAUGCAAAUAUGAAUACAAUGUGUUAUCCAGGAAAAAAGUACAAAGCAUAGGACUGGCUUUAGAUGGCUUCUACCCAGAUUUGGAUAUGCCCAGAGAUAUUUGAGUUUCACUUUCGUAAUUACCAGAAACUCCUUUACCAGGUCAAUCUAUCAGUCACAACUCUUCAUUUUCAAUUGUAAAUUUAAUUUGGAGAUAGCUGAGGAACAGGGAGGCAGAAUAAAGGAGAAAGAAGCAAGAAAUUAGUUUCAUAGUUGUUUUCCCUCUAAACCAGAGAUCCCAAAUCCUUUGGGCACCAGGGACUGGUUCCAUGGAGAAAGGUUUUUCCACGGACUGGAGAGUGCAUAGUUUUGUGUGCUGCCUACAUCCCAUGGAUGGGGCUUUGUUUGUUUGUGCAGACUGGUUGCUGGCAUGCUGCAGCCCUGGCCUUGUACCGGUUGGAGACCCCUGCUCUAAACAACAAUGCACAAGAACAGAUAACUGCAAAGUGACAAGAAUGAAGCAGUAUAAAUACUCCAUGCAGUUGUAAAUUAACAUUGUUUUGUUUUCAGAGGUAUAGUCUACAGUUGAGAUUUAUUCUUUGUGUUUUGUUACCCAUGUAGUUUUAUUGGCAGCAGUAAGGAAGUGGUUGGCCCUUAGUACCUUUUGAGAUUUAGGGGAGGGGGUGCUUCCAAGGCCAAUUUUGUGCCUUGGUAUUCCUUAAUGGUCUUACAUCAAAGUGAGAACCAAUCCUAGCCUACUUUUGCUAUUUACUGUCAAAGUGAAUAAAGACACAAAUAGAACUGGCCCCCACACUAAUUUAGAUGCCAGUUGAAUGAAUUAUCAAAAUGACUUACCUGUUCAAUAUACUCUUUAGCUCCUGUAUAUUUCAGGACUUGAGAGAAUCUGGUUGAGUUCACAAAACACACUAAAUUUACCAAAAUUAAACCAUGUGGUAAAAAGAAUGGGCAAUAUAAACUCAGUCAGCUGUUGCUUAUUUAAUUAGCCAUGGUUAAACAAACAUAUUAAGAUGUUUAGAGACACAUUUUUCAAGUACAUGGUGGCAUUUGGGCCAGAAACAAUUGGAAUAAUUUGUUAAACAAAAUAGCCAUUAUGUUUAAUACAACAAAGUUCAAAUAAGGCUUCUUAAGAAUCUAGUUCAGUGUUAGAUCAGGCUUAUGUUCUCUGUAGCCUUGCUACAGGGAAACCAAGACUAGAAUGUGUGGUAAAUGAUUUACUGUGAUAAAGGAUGAGAGGAGUGCAGUACAGCAAGUUAACAUUGGGCCUGCCCCACAUAAAUUCUUUUGUGUGGGGCAGGCCCAAUGAAUUGUUUACUCUAAGAAAGCAAGAGGAUUCUGGCAUUAUGUGCACUGAGGUUAUCACUGCCAGUAACUACUGAGAGCUGUAAAAAUAAGUGAAGAGUGUUCACCUUGGCAAUUGCAUAUGAGGAACUUUUAUUGCCCGAAGUUGUCAGUUAAUUGCCUGGAGGAACUGCAGUGGUACUUCAGUGAUUUUAUGUUGUUAUAUUAAUUUGCUAAUUGUUCUUAAUCCAGCUCUUCCCUUCAUUGCCAGAGAAAAAAGGAUCAAAUCGAAACGCACAGCUUUUAGCUAAUUUUUCCUGUUCUAGAGAAUAGACCACACUUGUAACCAAUGUUACUACCUCUAUGCCAUUUUGUUGCCUUUCUCCUGCAAAUUAUAACUUUAAUUGGAAAUUAUUUGCCUCUCUUGCAAGAGUAAAUUCCAUGUCCAAAAAUGAGCAUCUGGGUUAUGAGCUUGUCUGGCAAGAAUAGUUGGCAAUGAGGCUGGUGGUAACAAUAGCCAAUUUGGAUGGUUUUCAAAGAGAGCUAGUGAGGUUCAUAAAGGGUUAGGCUAUUAGUGGGUAGGAAGUUUGAUGGCUGCUUUUCAUUAAAUGAGGGGAGAGAGGUGGUCUGAGGGAUCAUUUCUCUCACCUCAUUUCUAUCUCUCUCAAAGUCUGAUAGAGCAAAUUUAUUUUAUGUCCCAUCCAUUAAGCAAUGUUCUCUGAUGAUAUUACGUUCACUUGCCAUUGAAGUCAGCAAGCUAUAUUAUCCAGGGUUGACAGUUUUCUCCCCAACAGAAAUUCUGUUCAAGUGAACUAUGUAUCUGUAAAUGAAUUAUCAAGUAAACAGUCAGUAAAGGAAAAAUAAUUGCCUCUGGCAUAAUGUAGUAAAUCAUGCUACACAAAUUAUCUUCCUAGUGCAACCUAAUAUUAUUUUGAAUAAAACCUUUCAGGAAACUUAAAGAUCCAGAAUUCUGUGAAAUUCCUUGGCAACAUUGGUCUCACUUAAUGUAGUGGUAAUUUAUCAGUUGCCACUCUUAAUGGGUUUAGUUUUUCAUUUCAGUGAUUUAUGGAGGGCUCAUAGUAGUCUCCGUGGUGAUUUUGUACAAUUGUAUCAUUGUAAAAAAUUAGUUGCCAACAUGCAAUAACAUCUUUCCACCAAACUAAACAAUGACAUAGAAAUAACAUUUGAAAAAAUGUUUUUACAGACAUGUUCACAUAUACUCACACACAGUGCUAUACAAUCUACUAAGUGGGCGAAUUCUCAUGGUGUUUCCCAUUCUUUUGUAGAUGUGGCAAAGAAUUGGGUCAAUAAAUAUAAAUUAGACUCAGCAGAUUAUUUCAAUACUGCCAGUAAUUUAUUACUGAGUGCCAUCAUAGAAGAUGAUAUGUCUUGCCUCCUUUAUCCAUCUGUGAAUUAUUCUGAACAAAAAUAUGAUUAUUAUGACAUUUCAAGGACUCUGAAAUUUAUUCAAGUAAGGGAAAGAAAAUUUUCUAGCUUAAGAUCAAACCCUUAUUUAUUUAGAAUUUAAGACCCCACUGCAGAGAUUAGUUAUUUCUUUACACAGAGUUCUCAAACUGUAAGUGUUGACUAGAGACUCAAGCUGCAAUAUCUUUUAAAAUUUUACUUCAGGCAUAAGAUUCAGGCUUGAAUUGUGAGUAGUACUAAGCUUACAAACCAGUUGUCCACCUGCUUGCAUUUCUUAGUAGAGGUGCAAAGGCUUCUGUGUGUUGAGAUCCUUAAAUUACAGCAGGUAAAUCUGAAAGGAAUAUUUGUAUACUAUAUGUUUAUUUAGUUUAGAAAAUGUUUACAUUUAAGCAUUGAAAUCUGUUCUGUUAAAAAAAAGUUGGUAAAGUUUUUGUAAUUUGAUUUUAUUGAAACCUAAUGCAUUUGUGGAUGGGAAUGGAUUGACCCCAUUAAAAUGGACCAGAUUCUCAUUUCUGCAUACUGUAAUACUUGAUUUCUGUUGAUCAUGUGGCAAACUAUUGCCACAUAUUGGCAAUCCAGUAAAUGUCUUAAAACUAAGUACAUGGCUCCAGCAUCUCUGUGAACAUGUUAGUGUUGUAGUAUAUCUGUUGUUUUUGGAAUGUCUGCAGACACAUGCAUGUUAACAAGAGUCAGUGUUCUCCCUUAUUUUCUUUUAUAAAAUUGUACUAUUCUAUUACUGUUUUACAACUGCUGUUCAGAAGGUCCUAUGGAAAGUCAACAGUAAGAAAGCUGCGGGCCUUGAUAAUAUCCCUGGGUGAAUACUUAGGGAGUUUGCUGACCAGCUGGCCACUGUUCUCAUGGACAUCUUCAAUCUCUCGUUGCAUCAGGCUGCAAUCAUUGUACCAGUGCCCCAAAAAACUAAAAUCACAUGCCUUAAUGAUUACUGUCCAGAUGCACUCACUUCCAUUAUGAAGUGUUUUGAGAGAUUGGUUAAGGGUUACAUGGUUUCAUGCCUUCCCCUUACAUUUGACUCAUUACAGUUUGCCUGUCCGAAGAACCGCUCUGUAGAAGAUGCACUUUCCUGUGUGCUUCAUCUUAGCUUGGCGCACCUGGAGGGGAAGAAUACUCAUGUGUGAAUGCUGUUUGUGGAUUUUAGUUCAGCAUUCAACACAAUCAUCCCGCAGCAUCUGGUGAACAAACUGGGCCAAUUAGGUUUUAAUACUCCUUUAUGUAAUUGGAUAUUUGAUUUCCUUAUUGAUAGGCGCCACGUUGUGCAAGUUGGAAAGAAAGUUUCUAAUUCCAUCUCCUUGAGUAUAAGUUCUCCACAGGGCUGUGUCCUGAAUCUGCUACUGUUCACCUUGAUGACCGACGACUGCUAUGCCAAAUCUGCUACGAAUCAUAUUGUGAAGUAUGCAGACGACACGGCAGUGGUGGGUCUUAUUCAGGAUGACAAUGAAGAUGCUUAUAGAACAAAUGAAAGAGGAACCAGAACCAGUCCCAAGUAAAUAGAUGCACCAGUUAAUUCGGUUCUACCAAAGGACACAUCAACAUGGCUUCAUGGAAUGGCAGCAAUCCAGCAGACAGGAGAAGAACAGGAGAAAGACGCAGAUCAUCCCAGGAAAUAGCAUCAGAAGACUUGGUAGCUCAACAGACUGAGGAGGUGUUCCAGAGCUAUGCUUUCCAUCGAUACCAGCAGGAGCAGGAGCAAACUGAGGGGGAUGUGCCAGUUGACCCAGAAAUUGCCGCAAUUCAGCAGGAGCCAAAUAGCAUCAACAGUCAGGUGGGUCGACGCUUGGCUAUCAUUGCUGAUGACAUCAAUGCACGGUAUGACAAGGAGUUUUCUGAGAUGCUGAAGUCCUUGCAGCCUUCUAGGGACAAUGCAUAUGAGUACUUCACCAGAAUAGCCUCCAGUUUGUUUGAAAGUGGCAUCAAUUGGGGUCGUGUGAUAGCCCUGCUGGGCUUCGGCUACAGGAUGGCAAUCCACGUAUACCAGCAUGGGAUAACUGGUUUCCUGAGAAGAAUUGCACAUUACAUGGCUGAAUUUGUGCUACACAAUCGCAUUGCACAAUGGAUUGCGCAGCAAGGAGGAUGGGUGGCAGCACUGGACUUGAGCAAUAUUUAUUGGAAAUACAUUAUGAUAAUCACAGUGAUUGUGCUGGGCCAAUUCAUUCUACGCCGUUUCUUCAAUCAAUGACAGGAAAAGAAAAUGCUGCUGGUUUAUUGCAUAAGAAAGAAAGAUCCAAGAAACAACAACCAGGGAAAGUGGUGCAUGUUACCAGCUUCUAUUCUACCAGGACAUCUGUUUAUUUAUCCUCUGCGUGGUGAUUCCAAAGCAAAAGAGCCUGUAGUUUAGUUAAAAGAAGAGUGGAACCAACCAUGAGGCAGAAUUUACUGCAUCAAGCGGCCAUUGACCAGCAGGUCUUCAUGAGAAACUUCAGGCAAGUACUCAUGGUAUUGCAGAUGAGAAAAAUAGAUGCGCUUUCCUCUGCAAAGUCUUUUUAAGAAGAACACAACCUUUUAGACAUCAUUCUCAGGACUAAUUGAAUUCUCAAUCAACUGAACUUCAUCACCAUAGAAAGAGCAGAACCACAUUGGAAUGUUCCUUCAUCUGUGCAGAUCAGUUUUGAGCAGUUCUGCUUCUAUGAGCUAGAGCAGGGCUGAAAUAAUUGAGUAAUUUUAGAGCUCUCUGGAUUUAUCUGAGAAUUACAUGCAAGAUUAGAUAUGCUAGAUAUGAAUAUAUAUCUAGAUAUUCCAGAGGAGAAGAGAAAAAAGUGGUAGCUAUAUUAUUUUAUUGGCACUUUUUCAUUCACUUGAUAAUUGCUGUCCUAAGUUAGUUGUAAUAAUGGGCAGAGUAGCUCCCCUUGCUUUGAAAUAAUAUUGCAAUGAGACUUCUGAGGUGAAGAGAGUCAGCUGCUUGUAAAGAUUAAGAAAUGAGGCCUGUUUCUGUUCAAAGGAUGGUUCUCUAUUUCCCUUUUGAUUAAGUAUGAUUGUGGUUCACCUCAAUGGUGCGUGUGCAUUUGGGAGUGGGUGACAAUCGCACAAAGGAGGGACAAAAUGUGAUUUCCUGCUAUCAUAGGAGCUGGAAUCUCUGCUUUCCCUACUGGAAAAUGGGCAAAAUCCAGUCAGGUUGAGCAAAUUUUAAGGCCAUUUCCUAUGACGUUGGUGAGGCUUGCUUCUAAGUAAAUAUGCAUAGAAUCAGGCUGCAAACUUGUAUUGAUUUCAGUGAGAAAUUGAAUAUGUGCUAAAACUUCCAUUUAAAAUUGGUGGAAUAUAUACAAAUGCUUAACAUUGUUUGGAUUGCGCUUAACUAAAUUCCCCCUUCUCAAUGGGAACACAGAAUUCUUUGAACCAGAAGCAGGAAAAUGUGCAAAGCUGAAAUUUUCUAUUCAAAUAAUUGUUUUUUUUUUAAUCUUGCGUGUUUUUUUAAUUUUAUUUUUUUUAAAAAAAAAAAAUCCAAAGCUAAUUCUGGUAUUUCUCUUCCAAUACUCUCCCAAAUGUUUACUUUAUAUAGCUUUUUUCUGAUACUGAGUCUCAUUUUGAUGUCUAAGAUAAAAUUACUACUAUGUCAGGAAAAACUGACAUUUUGGUUACAACUCUGUUCUCUUUCCAUGCUUUAUAAAGCCAUAACUCAAUAGUGAAAUUUGAGUAGUUUUUCCUGCCAUUCAGUUACCAAAAAUUCUUAAGCAGAUGACUUGAAUAUAAUAAUAUUUUUUAUAUUUCUGAUUUAAAAAAAAAGAUACUCUGAGAUUUCCUGAAUGCAUGUGUCAAUUUAUUUUUAAUACUGAAAAAAAUAGCGGUUUUCCGUUUAAAGAGAGUAUCAAUCUGAACCUGGUCAUAGUCUUAAAAGAACAGUCAUAACAAAGGAUAGAUAAAUCUAUCUAUUUCUUUUUACAUGAGUUUGAGGAUUUCAGCAAUCUUUGAACUUCUUGUGGCAGAAGAGUAACCUAAUAUACUCAUUUUAAUGCACUUUUCUUCUUGAGUUUUCCUUAAAAAUUAUAUUCAUAUCUUAUCCUAAUAUAGACAUUUUUGUGUGCACAUCUCCUUAAUAUAUCCUUUUUAUAUGAUUAUUUUUGAAUUGCAAAUUGUAUCUCAAAACUAUGAAAAGUGCAGAUUGCAGUAUGUAGAUUUAUAAUAGUGAGCCUGAUAAGUUCCUAUACUAAUUGAACAAAUUUCUCUCUUAUUCCUAAGCAAGGCACUGUGCCAUGUUUAUUUUAUACCUGCUUAUUUCAAAGGAUGUCCCCUUUUUUGGGCUGGAGCAUACUGACAGUCUUGCAAUUCUGGAACUAUUCUAAUCUUUAGAAUAAAUCUAUUUCCAUAAAUUCUUUCUAAAAGAAUACCUUCUAAAGCCCUUCGUGUUUGAAUGGUUCAGCAUAGUAGCUUAAGAUAAGAUGACUUAUAAUUAGGGGUUCAGGCAAAUGUUUCUUGUAAGUAAGACUUGUAUGAUGGUCAUAAUUACAACCAGAGCAAAUAGAUUGUGCAGUUAAUGUCACUGGUUGAUCUGAAGUUUGCUCAGUUUUUCACCAGUGCAGUGAGUAGGGUUUUUUUCUGUAGUCCACAAAACCACUAAAGCAGCUACUGAUAUAUAACAGCCCAGAGCAGAGAUACUUGGGAGAGCAUUGUGGGAAAAAAACUUUCUUAAUAUUAGGAUCAACAUUGGGAUCUGCUAAGUACUUGAAGCAUCUAUUGUGGUUAAUUUUGCUUCCUCGAUGCUGCAAAUGAAUUGGGUAUUUUUUCUCAAUAACUUCUUUUGAGGUCCUAUCCCAAGUUUGCCUAUCCCAAGUUUGCCUAUCCCCUUGAAUCUACCUCAGAUUCUCAGGUUCGGGUCCAAGGGAAAUCAAGGUCCCCAUCACUGAAACUGACCAUAGUCAGGAGAGGAGCAUCUUUUAGCCAGGUGCAGAGUUUGUUGAGAUCUAGGUUUCUAGUCCUCCAGUUGAUUCAUUUAUACCAAGCAGCAAAGUUUUCCUCUCUCCCUCCUGCCAUUAUUCUGCUAUCUUUGACAGGUUUAUGUGAAGGCCUUCAUCAUUCCCACACAAUUCUCUUGCUUUAGGCUAACUUUGUCUAUACGCAGCAUUGAGGCUAUCUUAGGUGCCACCUAGAGGCCCUGGAACUGAUUGCUUUUACAGCAGGGCAGACUGGAAUUUGUGGACUUUUCUGCCUCGGGCAUCAAAAUAAUUUGGCUAAUUUUGAUAUGAUAAUCUUUAACUUUGCAAGCAAGAAAAGCAACAGGAGAUUUUGCUCUUCUGCCUCAGGUGACAAAAAGUUUUGGGCUAAUGCUUUAUAUCAGUGUUUCUCAACCUUGACAAUUUUAAGGCAUGUGGACUUCAACUCCCAGAAUUCCACAGCCAGCAAUUGUCAAGGUUGAGAAACACUGCUUUAUAUGAAUGAGAAAGUGAGCCCACAAAUGCGUAAAUAAAUAAAAAGAGGAUGCCCAAUGAGAUUUGCAAAGCAAAGCUGGACAUGACUUCCAAGGACAUUUUCCAGAAGCUUGAGGAACUCUAGUUGACUAAUGCAGGCAAAUAAUUACAUAGAAUAAAUGCCUAGCUGCAGAUAGGCUUAAAAGAACAUCAUUUGCUUUGCUGCAUGUCCAUCUUUUAUCCUCCCCUACAUGUCCAUCUUUUAUCCUCCCCUGCAAGUUGGAGAAAAUUUGGGUCUCAUUUCUACUGUCUUCAUGGGUAUUAUGCCAGAAGUUUAAUAAAUACCUGUGAUGGUCCAAUUGCCUCUUACUAUAUAGCAUGGUGCUUUCUGCGGCCUUUACUAGCUGUGGAUGCUUGGGACAUCGCUUUGUCAGAUGUCCCCCAGGAAAAGAUAGCAUGUGGCUUUUUAAACAUUUCAUUAUAGGUAUAACUGUCAUGGAAUCCCAGGACCCAUCUGAAAAUCUUGCUGCAGAUUGCAAAGUAGACAAGAUGCUCUAACCAGGCUUAUUGGCUCUGCUACCCAGUCUGAACUGAAGGGCUGCCUUACAUCAUCUCCCGGUCUGCCUGACCUGCUAGGAAAAACCAUGGUGGCGGUAGAAAGUUCUCUUUAAGAGAAAAUUGUCUGCUGGUUUAAAAUGUGAGUAACCUGAGCAUUUUAACCCAUAAACAUGUAACACAGAGCCUGAUCUUUGUCACUCUGUUGAUUUAAGAUGUAUUAGCUUCAGCACAUAAAGGACUUGACAUUAAGUGGUUUUUGAGAACUAGAUAACACCAUUUGAUUUAAAUUCUCCAUCUGAGCCAUGGAAUAUAUGCUUCACUAAACCAUUGUAUGCAUUCCUGAUGACAUUUAUGGCCACUUUGAAUUUACAUUCAUGAAGGUUGAAAACAAUGGUUUAACUAAAUAAGAACUGUCCAGUCAAUGAAGAAAUACAUUGUUUUUUUUCCCUUUAGCUAUAGUUUUGUUUUUAAAAUUAAAUACUUGAGGGGAAUAUAGUAAUGAAUGGCUUUGCUUCUUUUUUGCUACUUUGUUACUUUUUGUUUCCAUGCAUCAUACCCUGUUUUAGAACCCACUUUCCUCAGGAGUUUAAAGGGAAUUAAGUAAACACAAUAGUGCAACUUGUCAACUUUUAGGAUCCAUGGACUUCAACUCCCAAAAUUCCCAUGCUGGCUGGGAAACUGUUUAAUAGGUACUAGCCUUUCUGCCAAGCAGCUAGAAUCACCUUUUUUCCAUUAUUUUAUUUAGAAAUUUGAAUUGCCAGAGAAAGCAAGAGGUUUCCACUCAGAAAAUAUCUCUGGAAGAGCUGCAGUUUUCAAAUCACUGUAGGUAGGUACCAUCAAACCCAACCAUAGAUAGACAGGCUUUGGAAUAAAUUCAGUUUUUGAAGGAUUUAGUUGAGAUCUUAACUAUCCUUUCAACUUGCACUGGAAGUUGAGGUUUGGAAAUGUGGUUAAAUACAGAAUAGAAGCUGGUAAAGAUGCUUCAUCUGGCCUCAGUGUAUCAAGGAGGAGAAACAUUUCUGUUGUUGUUGGAUAAAGAAGAUAAUCAAAUCAAUCAUGUCUUAAGCAAAAGAGAAUCACAGGUGGGUUCCAGUCUACCUCCAUCAUAGAAAAAAAGAAAGUAAACCUUCAUGGGGAGGGUGCUAUUAUUUCUUGAGAUACAGAAAAUGUGCCUUAUCAUAUACCAUAAAUCUACAAGUGUUUCAUUGUAUGCCAUAUCCAUGAGGAAAUGUAUUGGGUUUUUACCAAAAAGCUGAAUCUUUUAUGUAUUUUUUUUAAAAAACAAAUCCUCAAAUUGUGAAGUGCCUAGCACACCGUUUGUUGAUGGAAAAUAAAUGCUAUACAGCAGGGUCUGUAAAAUAUAUAUGAUACAUACACGCACACAUUAAAAUAAAAUGUGUUUACUGAUA